AUGGUGAAGCAUGAGGAUCUGAGACCUUACAAAUGCAGUGAAUGUCACAAAUGUUUUAGCCAACUCUCACACCGAAGAAGCCAUCAGACAAUUCAUACGGGGGAGAAAAACUACAAAUGUAAUGAAUGUGGCAAAAACUUUAGCCCACUGACAUAUGUAAGAACCCAUCAGAGAAUUCAUACAGGGGAAAAACCUUACAAAUGUAGUCAAUGUGAAAAAUGCUUCAUUCAGAAAGCCCAACUUACAAUACAUCAGAGAAUUCACACAGGAGAAAAACCUUACAAAAGCAGUGAAUGUGAGAAAUCCUUUACAUGCUGUUCAGGCCUUAGAAAACAUCAGAGAGUUCAUACAGGAGAAAAACCUUAUAAAUGUAGUGAAUGUAAGAAAUCUUUUACCAGUGGCUCAGAUUUUAGAAGACAUCAGAAAAUUCAUACUGGAGGGAAACCUUACAAAUGCAGUGAAGGGGACAAAUGCUAUAUUGAGAAAGUCCAACUUAGAAUACAUCAUAGAAUUCAUACAGGAGAGGAAAAUUACAAAUGGAGUAAAUGUGUCAAAGUCUUUACCCACCUCUCAGGUCUAAGAAAACAUCAGAAAAUUCAUAGUGCUGAAAGAAAGUUUCUGUCAGUAAUGAAUGAAGCAUGUGUUUUAUCUAAGUUCUGCCGUUAA